ACGCGGGACAACCUCCAACUUCACACAUGAACAGACCAUGACCAUGACCGAGAGACACGAGUAUCAGUAUGCCGACGCCGUAAGUGAUCAUUUCAUGUGUCCGGUAUGUCGGAGUGUGUUGGUGGAGCCGGUGCAGACGCGGUGUGGGCAUAUAUUCUGUACGCCAUGUAUCGAAUCCGCAUUAUCGCAUUCGAGGACGUGUCCGGUGGAUCGCGCAGCGCUCACCCAAUCAGAUCUCCUCCCAGCACCAAAGAUAAUCGCAAACAUCGUCAACGAGCUCUUGGUGGUGUGUCCCAACCAGUCAGAAGGAUGUCCAAAUGUUCUGCAGAGACAGCUGCUAGGGACACAUUUAGAGAAGGAAUGCGACUAUGCUUGGGUGCUGUGUCCUGGGGCGGAGUGUGAUGAGAUGGUUCUAAGGAAGGAUUUGAGUGGGGAUGGGGAGUGUGCGCAUGAGAUGGAGAUGUGCGAGAUGUGUAAACGGAUUAUACGAGAUAAUGAGGCUCACGUGUCAAUAUGUCCGGCGGUCGAAGUGUCGUGUCGAUAUUGCUCGACCCACAUCCAGCGUGGAGAUCUCGACGCACACCUUUCCGGCUGCCCUGAAGCUGUCUCUACAUGUCCAGCUGAAGACGUCGGAUGCCCGUGGACUGGUCCACGGCGGGAACUAUCAGAUCAUACGUUGCUUUGUACCCUUGUACUCAUCGCACCGGCCCUCCGCACCCAAGCAUCCCGAAUAUCCGCUCUCGAAUCCGAGAACCACCGUCUUCGUUCUUCGUUACACAGUUUGUCUCAACCACCACUCGAUCCAUCUCUCACGCGAGAAUUCGAGACACUGGUGCUGGAUCAAGAGCGCUUACGGAACGACGUGGCAAGUAUGGACAUGCAGAAUCGGAUGUUCGUGAUGAAUGAGGGUAUUCGUAUGAGAGAGGAGGUGCAAGAGUUGCGGACUGCGGUAUGGCAGUUAAAGGCACAGGUUCACUGGUUGAUGGUGGAUAGGGAAAGGAGGAUGGGCAGUGCAGGUGUGGGAAUACCAAGCUCGCGACCGGGAAGCUCGGAAUUGGGUGGGCAUGGCCAAGAGAGGGGAGAACCACCGAGGAGAUUGAAUGACAAUUUGAGGCAGCUUGACGUGAAACUGUGAAAACGAUGAAGGGAAUGGCUUUACGAUAGGAACAUUGUUGGAUGGAGUUCUGAUUUAAUAUACCACGGGG